UCAGGGAAGAGAAGUUGAGUCCGGGCGAGCUCGGGCAGCGCCGCCAGAGCCGAGCGAGCGGCGGGCGAGCGCCGCGCCUCCUCCGCAGGGAGCCCGCCGGCCGGGGCUCUGCCUGGACCAUGCCGAUCCUCCUCUUCCUCAUAGACACGUCCGCCUCCAUGAACCAGCGGGCGUACCUGGGCACCAGCUACCUGGACAUCGCCAAGGGCGCCGUGGAGAUCUUCAUGAAGCUGCGGGCCCGCGACCCGGCCAGCCGCGGCGACAGGUACAUGCUGGUUACCUUCGACGAGCCGCCCUACUGCAUCAAGGUAAUGACCCCCCCCGGCCGCCCCGCUCCCGCCGCAGGGGCCGCCCUUGGCGCGGCGCGGCCCCGUCCGGCCCGGCGGCGGCAGCAGCAGCCUGUGAAGAUGGCGGACAUUUUGCUUUUGUAUGGAGGAGAGAGGCUGAGGGCGCUGCUGAGAUGGAGGAGGGGGGGGGGAGGAGACGGGCGGGCCGUGAUUCACCGCCCCGGCGCAGCGAGGGGCGGCCGCGCUCCGCCCCCCGCGGGGCGGUGGCUCCGGCGGGGCCGCGCCGGGAUCCGGCCCCGCUCGGCCCCGACCCCCCCGGGACACGCGGGCGGGGGGCGGUGGGUGCGGUGGGUACUGCCCGAUCCCGAAGGGCAGCGCUGGGGCAGCGGUCCCCUCACGGCUGCGGGUCCCCGACGGGCAGUGGGACGGAGCGCCCGCGCCUGUUCUCCGCCUCUGCGAGGCAAGAAGAAGCCCCGGUGUUGGGAUCUCGUGUCCCCUCCAUUCCUCCUGCUGAGCACGGUGACCCGCACCG